UUAUAGUUACAUACGGGAUCAGUUCAACAAAAAGAUUUGUGUUGAUUUUGAGAACGGAAGAGGAAUUUGGAACAAAUUUUGGGAAAGCUUCAAUGAUGUACAGAAACAGCAUCGAGACAAAAAGAUGGCUGAACUUCUUGAAGAGGAAGAAAGAGAGAGAAAUAAGAAAAUUAAGAAACGCGAAAGAAAGAAACAGCGACGUAACAAAUUACAAGCAGUGAAAACAAAAUGCAACGGCGACGUUGAGAAAAUGAAUUGCGAUGAGAUAGGUAAUGAAAAUAGAGAUCAAUUAAUCGAAAAACAUACUGAAAUCCUCCAUUCUAAGACAAAGGAUACAGAAGUGAUUCAAUGCAAUGGAAAAAAUUCAGACUUUCACCAUAAAGAAGAAAAAAGGAACCUGAAAUACGAAAAUGUGACUGAAAAUGCUAGAACAUCCAAAUCGCGUCGCUAUGCUAAGUCAAAAAACUUCUUAGAUGAGGUGUCUGCUCAAAGUAAUUACGGAACAAAUGAAACUCAGUCAGAAACACAAAAUGACAAAUGGGUCACUGUGCAAACCAGGAAAGCUAAUUCACGACCUGAUACAAGUACAUUAGAAACUGACAGUCAAGAUAUAAAACCUAGCAAGAAACUUCAAUCAAACGCAAUUGACCAACAAAAAGGCAGUAAGCGUUGGGCUGAUGUAGCGAGGAGUCAAAUAUUCACUAAACAUUGUAAGGAGAAACCAGUAAACAGUUUGGCAAACGACUGUGAAGUCAGCGUGACAGUACAUGGCAGUCUUAAAGAAAAACACAAAUACAAAAGAGGCGAUUAUGAAGAUGAUUUUCCAAGUCUAGACCCAAAGACGUCGUCCAAAAGAAAUUCACCAAUUGAGCAAAGGCGAAAGUCAAACGAAUCUAAUAGUCCUAUGAUUGAUGAAUGGUGUCCUGAGGAGUGUCCUGACGAAUGGACAGCAAGAAGUACUAGUUCAACACCAACUGAACUUGAAAGGUACAGUUCUUAUUCAGACAGCAAUAAUGAUGACAAUCAGACAUUGGAAACGCUGGACCUAAUUGUUGAAAAUACACCAGGUACUUCUUAUCAAAAUUCGACAGAAGCAGUUCGAAAUACAGGGGAAAUGAAUAGAGAUGUCCUCGGUCUAUCGAAUACCUGCAUUGAUUUUGGUUUUGUUACUACAGACGAGAAAGAGAAAGCAAUAGAAUCUGCGCUAGACACUGCAAAAUAUACCUUUUCCAAAGCACAGAUGACGUAUUGGCAAAAUAGAGACUUUGUGCCCCUUCUAUAUGAAAAUGGAGUUCCACAUUUCAGCAAUACAGACGAUCAAGUCAAGAUGCAAGUAGGUAAAAACAGGCAAAACAUGACGACAACAACAACUAAGACGGAGAAUUCUAAAUCGUACAAUGGAAAACGUAUAUACACGACACAGCCUGCACAGAGUGAAUGUAUAUCUGAUAUCAACCAUGAAAAUCAAGGACUGAGAAGCAUAAGAGCUGAAACAAAAUCGGCAGAAUUUUGUGAUCCGAAUUUAAAAAAUGUCAGUUAUAAGAAUAAGGCUCAACCAGUGGUUGAUGAAGUUAACAAUAUAAAGUCCAAUAAUGAUAACGCUCCUCAAUAUAUGAACAUCGGACAAAGUAUAUAUAACAACAGAAAGACCAAUACUCAUAACGCUCAUCAUUAUAUGAACCCAACAAAUCAUAUACAAACAGAACCAAGCCCUGAGAACUUUGGCGAAUCAGAAGCUGUCAAAAAUUGGCUGAGAAACGAUUCAUUCAAUAUGAUGUCUAAACCUGGACCACAUAUUGUCGAUAAUAGAAAGUUCAAUGGAGGUUCACCUUUGUCGGUGUCUUUAGAUAAAAUGAAGUAUUCUAACAAAAUUGACACAUUAAUACCGAAUUACCCAAUGCCAUGGCAACAAACAGAACCCCAAACGAAUCCAUUAGCAAAGGCUUCCGAGAAGAAUAUAAAGAAAGAUGAUCAUACAAAGGCUACCAAUCCAAAUAUCGCUGUAAGUGAUACCAAUACUACCAAUAAUAUUUCUCAGCCAAAUGCUACUACAUUUUUCACUAGCCUCAGUAAUUGUGCAAUGGCUAGCACGCAGAAUGAAAAUAAAAGCGACCGAUCGCUUGUUGACUCGAACAAUCAACAUUUGAACGAGGCAACGAAAAAUAACUUGAAUUGUACUAGAACAGAUAGCUAUAAGUUGUCAAGAAACUGUUUAAAUGGACAGGCCAAUGCAGAUGAAACAGAGAAUUGGUAUUUAAGUUCAAAUAAUCUCAAUAGGGUAGAAACGAAAUCAAAAAUGGCAGAGAAAGAAUUCGAUGUCAAUAGUAUUGCUGUUGUUAAACCACUAGGGCCAAUUUCCAAAAGAGGCAACGAUGAGAGCUCAAGGAUGACCAGUAACAACACCUGUUCAGACAAAAACUGUGAUCUAGGUGAAAGUAUUCUUAGAAAUGUAGCAAAUUUAGAUAUUGCUGAUGAAGAUGUAUGGUAUCCAUCUAGACUUAGAGGAGAACCUGAGGAACAACAACCACGUCAAUUUAGCUCCAAUCAAACUAAUAUUUUCCCUGGUUUUCAUGAUAACUCUUCUACUGAAGACAAUGACAGGGACACUUUCGACUUUGGCUUUAGUGAUAUUAAGAAAUUGGCAAGUUACCAAUUGCAAAAGCAAUACAAUGAAGUUCGAAAGAGAGGACCGGUAUAUGGGUCGUUGUAUUUCCACGACAUUCCUUACUAUGCUUCUUGUCUUGGAAUUUCAGAACAUGAACUAGAACGCUCAUUCGUAUCGGAUUUAAAAACUACUUUCCAGUGUACCAAUGAACAACAAACGGUUAAUGAUAUUGUUCAAUUGAACGAACACAAAUUAAACGUGGCAAUUGAUGCAACGAGUAACAUAGCCGACAAUUUACAAGACGACAACAUUCCUGAUUUGUAUAAUUUUACACCAGAUACAACACCACCUGCAAAUCAAGCUGUUAUCACAAGAUCAGAUAACGACGAACCGUACCCUUACCUCCUUGCUCAAGAAUAUGCUACAGAUGCUGGCACUAUGAAUCAUAUAAAAAAACCAGUGUACGAACCUACACUCUGUGAGAAAUAUAGGUACCAAUUAGCACAACAAAUUCAGAAUAUCCAGACCAAAAAUCAUAUGCAGAGUACAAGUACCGAAAAUCGUUCACCAAUGGUACUCCAGACAGGUGUGCAAGAUAACGGAUUAUGUCAUCCACACAAAUAUGCACAUGAACACAAUACCAUUCAACCAUGGAUACAAAGGAGCAUGAGAUGGCGACAGAAGCUGAUGGAAAUAAGAAACCUACCAGCAACGUGCAUGAAACGGUUGGACAGCAUUUUGAUCCCGGUUAACAAUGAGAAAUAUCUUUUUCCUUACUCGGAUACAAAUGCAGUACUUGGUUUUCUUACCGACGGAUCAGAAGUUCUGGUUCAUAUUAUAGAUAUGACAUCUCGGACUAUCAACUCGGACAUUCUUAGAAGUAUUACUUCACCUCGAAACUCACAUUACUUUCUUGUUAAGUAUCGGACAUUUGCGUUCGAAAGUGGUCGAUGCUACGUCGCCAUGAAUUUGCCAGAAUAUUCUCUCAGUGAAUACCUGUCUAUAUUGAAAUCAGAUAGUCGAUCAGACCCAAUGGUUGUCAACAAACUCGCCUGGCAGUUCCUAAAAGGCCUUUCAUCUAUACACGAGGGACUCGGCUUGCAGCACGGUAACAUGAUGCCUUCUAAUAUAGUUGUUGAUGUAGAGGGUAAAUUGAUGUUGAGUGAAUAUAGCUUUCUAAAACCAGAGACAGCCAAAGGAAAAUUCAUGGGUCUUACAGCAGUAGAACAUGAUAGGGCGUGUUGGAGUCCUUCGGAAGUUAUAACAGAAACCGAACCUUACUCAUUGAAAUCAGAUAUCCAGGUAGCGGGUAUGAUAUUACAUUACAUCUUGUCGGGUGGACAUCAUCCAUAUGGAGAAAUAAAUCUCGAAAUACAAGUUAGUCUCCAGCAAAACUGGCCCAAAAUGGCUUAUAUCAGCGAUGAAGUCAACGGACUUAUAAAUGACAUGUUAGUUAUGCCACCAUCAACAAGACCAUCCAUGGAACAGAUCUUGAAACAUCCUUAUUUCUGGGCCAAUGAAAAACGUUUACGGUUUGUGUUAAUUGCUGGAUCCGACGUUCUGCGUGACAUGAAAUCAGGUACAUCUACGACAGGUGGGACAGGUUGGACAAUGAUUGAUAUUAUCAAUAGUGCCUGUAAAAAUGCCAUGUUUUGUGAAUGGACGUCAGUUGUUGAUCUUGUGGUUUUGAAAGAGAUGAGAUCCUUCCGCCAAUACAAGAACACAUUGGUGGAACUAGUUUUAUUUGUUUACAACUGCUGCUUACAUUAUGACAAACUUUCACAGUCGGCAAGAGACAUCAUUGACGAACCAUGUAAAUAUUUCCUAACAACCUUCCCUGCAUUGUUCAUGUCAGUUUACACCGCUAUAAAAUCAUCGUUUCGCGUAGAACGUGCUUGUUACAAACCGUUCUUUUAACCAACAAAUUGUGACAUAGAAAUAAAAUCAUGACAUUAUGGUUUUGAUAAUCGUUGCAUGAACUUUUGUACUCAUUAAGUGUUUUAUAACUAUCUGUUACAACAUUUUUGUAGCUAUUUUUUUCAAAUACUUAUUUUUGAUCCAUUUUUUGAAAGGGCAGCAUUUUUAAAUGAACUUUAUUCCAUUUUUUAUGAAUAUUUAUAAAUUUUUAAUGAUUGUGAAUUAUUUUCUAUAUUCAGAGUCUUUCAACAAUUUUAGUGAUAUAUUUUCGUGUUGUAUGAUUUAUACAUCUCAAUGACAUCUUUUGUAAAACAGAUAAAAUCUUUUUAUAGAAAACAA